AUGAGCGAAUCCAACCAAGGCUUACUUGAGAGAACAUUUUCUUCCGAAGAUGAAAUAACGGCCGCAGACAAGAUGAAACCAAUCGUACGGAAUGAUGAUGAAAGCAAGUAUACUACUACUACGGAAAAUGAUGACACGACCACUCCAAAUUCCUCACCUUCUCAAUCAUCGACCAUUUCAUCAUCAUUGAGUAUUCCUUCACCUGUAGUAGCAAUUGCUAUGAAUGAGUGUUCGUGUGAUGAUGAAUUCACCACACCAUCUCAUCGUGCAGCAACCGCCAUAACAACCACAACUUCAACCACUACAAGAACCACUACUCACUUCUCCAUAUGUGAUGAUUUAUAUUCACCAUUAUCAUCUCCACUCUCUUCACCUUCGAUUCGUACAUUAUUAAAUUCAUUAAAACAAAGACAAGACAAGGAUGAAGAAGAAGAUUCCUUGUUCGUCCUCAAUAUUGACCCAUUUGAAGAGUCUCAGCAGACUCCAUCCAGAGUUCUGUCAAGAAAUUCUUCAAAUAAUGAAUCCAAAAGAGACAGGGCAGAAUCUUUCUAUGGAAUCAUGAAUAACAAUAUGAACCACAUGAAUGUUAACAACACUCGAAGAAGAGCCUUCUCAUUCAUGAUGGAUCCCAAAACCUUACAAUCCAAUUCUGAAAUUUUAAAAGAGAAUCUUGAAGUACCUUUGAUGAUGGAAGAAUCGAAUAUUAAUGAAACGAAUAUUAAGAAGGGAUGGAUGGAAACCAAGGAAUCAUCAUCUUUAUCUUCACCACCACAACAACGUCAGCACAAUUAUGAUGGUGAUGAUGAAAAAGAUGACGACGAACAAUUUCUCAUGAAUACGACUAGUACUCAUCGUAGUAAUAGUAGAAUGAACAACAACAACAUUCAAAGAACAUCAAUCAUUUCAUUUCAAGAUUCACCUCUCACUUCAACAACUAGUCUACCUUCUUGUUCCAACCAAAAUUCCAACAAAUUAGUGAACUCGUCUCCUCAAAGUCAGACAACCAAUCCAAGCAAAACGAAUACGACUAUGGAUUCAUACUGCACUCGCUCGUCAGUCAUUGAUUAUUAUCAUGAUUUAAUUAACAAGUUAUCAAGAUUGGAUUUUGGAAUUAUUUAUUCUAUUCUUUCCUUUUAUUUAUUUACCAUCGAUGAUUGGUUCAUGUACACACAAUUAUUAUUGAAUCAUCAUCAUGAUUAUUACUCUUCAUCAAAUACUACUACUACUAUAAAUGAUCCAAAGAGUCAAAAUCAUGAGAUUAAGAAACAUUGUUCUCAUAUCGUCAUGAACAUGUUUUAUGGAAAGAAAUACAAUCAUUUAUUUCAAGUAUUUCCUUCUAUUCAUUGGAAUGUGACCAAUCCUGAAUAUUUGAAAUAUUUCACUAAUGAUCCUGGAUCUAGUAAUAACAAUACGAGUAAUUCUAGUUCAGUGAAUCAUGAUACUUCUUCCCUGUAUAUUCAAUGUAUUUCUACUUCACUCAAAAGUGUGAUUAAUCAUUGUUCACAUUUCAUUUCUAAUCCUCACUUUAAUCAAAUCUCUCAUUUAUUUGAAUUUAAACGAUUGAAAUCCUUUCAUUUACAAUAUGGAUUUCAUGAUGAUUCCAAUUUAACACAAUUAUUGAACAAGUCAAGAAAAUCAUUAGAGAAUAUGAGUAUUACAAGUAUGGCAUUUUCUUCAGAUGAUCAUCAUUUACAUCAUCAUGGUUCAUCUAAGGAUCAUUUUCAUCGUCGCCGUUCCACAUCAGUCAUGACGAGUCAUUCAUUCCAUUCUCUCAAUUCCAACACUAGAUACCAUCCAUCAAUGCCCUCAUUGCAUUCAUAUCAUCCUUCCAUCCCUCCAUAUCCCAAUGUUCGCACACUCACUCUCUACUCCAAAUAUUUAAAUCAAGUGGAUUUUGACAAAUUACCAUCUGCAUUGAAUUCUCUUUCAAUUUAUUUGAAGUAUCCAGUGAUUGAACAAAAUAAUUCAUCUCUCAAGAAUUUCAUACAACAUGUGGUGUGUUGUUCUGCUACUACUACUUCUUCAUCCUCAUCAUCCUCAGUAUUAUAUACACCUCAUUCCACAAGUAAUGGUAUCCAAGAUUUACAUUUACAUUUCAAUAUGAGUCAUUAUAUUCAAUAUUUUACCAAUGAUAACAUGUUACACUCUCUUUCAUUGACCUAUUGUCAAAUACCAUCCAACUUUCAUUGGAAUAUAUUCUCAAAAUUAAAUGAUUUGACUUUGAAUAUCACUCAUCCAUUGGAAUUGAAUAAUUUAUGCUCUAAAAUUGGACAUCAAUUGAAACGAAUGUAUUUAAUCAUAGAUAUUGAAGAAUUUUCUAAUUCAGAAUCCUUUGAUCAUUUCAAUGCUUCAUGUCCCAAUUUACAAGAAUUACAUUUAAGUGAUUUAAAUUAUAUCAUUUCAAAACAUUUAAGUCAAUCUCAGAGUAUUGUAAGAUUUGGAUGUGAUAGUGCUGUCAAUGAUUUGAUGUGUAUUGAUUAUUUAUUGAAUAUUAAGAAUUUAUCAAGAUUGGAUUUGAAAGUCAUGGUGAAUAUGUAUGCAUUCAUUGAUCUUGUGAAAAAUCGUUCAAAUCAUUUGAUUCAACAACAACAACAUGCACAACCACAACAACAACAGCCAUGGAAUGGAGCAAGUAAUGCAUCUUUAAAGAUGAUUCAUCUCAAUAUUGAAUGUUUAGUACCAACCAAUAGUAGUAAUCAUGACAACAUGAAUGAUAUUCCUUCUUCGAUGAAUACUAAUCCAACAUCUACAUUGAAUCAUGUUGAAACUCGUUCUCGUAGUCAGAGUUUAUUCAGUUCCAACCAUACGACGAAUACCAUUCGAUUUGGUUCUACUACUACUAUUACUACUAAUAAUAAUACGAUACGAUCCAUCACUCAUAACAGUAGUGAACUUUCAAUGAGUAAUAAUUCUAAUACUUCAAAUAGCAAUAACACUGCAUACUCUCCACCAACAAAUAGGCUUUCAAAUAGUACUUGUUCAAGAAAUCAAUUCAAUUCUCUUAAAAUUCAUAGAUUAGAACUCAUUUAUCGAGAGAAUGAGACUAUUUCUGACUUGGGAUUUUUAACCUAUUUUAGAAGCAUUGAAGAAUUAUCGAUCAAAUAUGGAACUAUCUACUCUCCAUUAUUUUCUCAAUUAUUAUCGUUAACUAAUAUUAAGAAAUUAACUCUAUUCAAAACAAAUAUUAAUCAUGUAUUUCUCUCUAACAAGUAUAAGGUUUUGACCUUCCAAAAUAUUGUAUUUAUCGAUUGUCAUUUAAAUUCUAAUUUUUUGAAAGUAUUGAAUGAAUAUCAAGUGGUGGGUGGUGAUUCAACAAUGAAUUCUUGGGCACAACAUUAUUCUGCAAACAAGAAUGGUACUAGUCGUUCAAAAAGUAAGACUCUCCACUCUUCAUCUCCAAUUUCAAGUUUCAACUCUGUAUCAUCGUCCUAUAAUUCCACACCAACACCACCACCGCACAAAAGCUCGACUUUAAAUUCUCAAGAAUCUUGCAUGUUAAAUUACAUCAUUGAUGGAUAUUCAUUGCAUGUCGUUGGAGUACCAAAUAUUGUGGUCAUACAAGAUGAUUUACACAAAUUGCAGAGUAAAAGUUCAAAUAUACUUGAUGAUACUUCCACGUUGAGCUGUAAUCAAUCAUGCUGUAUUCAAUAA